GGGGGGGCGGAACGGCUGCUGCAGCCCGGGCGGAAUUAGCGGAGGCAGGCGCAGCAGGCGCUGCUGGUUUGUCGGCGCCCAGCUCGGAAGGCGCGGCUCCCCCGUCUCUCGUCUUCCCUCCUCCUUCCCCCCCGCCCGCUGGGCCAUGCGCGGUCCCGCCCGGCGUUAGGAGCGGCCCGGAGCGCGGUUGGCUGGCUGGCAGGCAGGCAGCUCCCUCAGAUUUUCUUUGCCUGCACUGUAACAGUGAGAGAGAAACAGCUUCAAGAGGAUGAGUGAACUGGAACAGUUACGGCAAGAAGCGGAGCAACUGCGGAGUCAAAUCAGAGAUGCCAGAAAAGCAUGUAGUGAUACAACUCUUGCUCAGAUCACCACAAGUCUGGACUCAGUGGGUCGAAUCCAAAUGCGAACAAGACGUACACUGAGAGGUCACUUAGCUAAAAUUUAUGCUAUGCACUGGGGAUCUGAUUCAAGACUACUAGUCAGCGCUUCCCAAGAUGGAAAAUUAAUUAUUUGGGAUAGUUAUACAACAAACAAGAUGCAUGCCAUUCCUUUAAGAUCUUCCUGGGUGAUGACCUGUGCAUAUGCUCCUUCUGGCAACUAUGUCGCUUGUGGUGGAUUGGACAACAUCUGUUCCAUAUAUAAUUUGAAAACCAGAGAGGGCAAUGUGAGAGUGAGCAGAGAGUUACCAGGGCAUACAGGAUACUUGUCCUGCUGUCGUUUUCUAGAUGACAACCAAAUUGUUACAAGUUCAGGGGACACCACCUGUGCUCUUUGGGACAUUGAAACUGGUCAACAGACCACCACCUUCACUGGGCAUACCGGAGAUGUGAUGAGUUUAUCCCUAAGUCCAGACAUGAGGACUUUUGUUUCUGGUGCCUGUGAUGCCUCCUCCAAGCUUUGGGAUAUUCGCGAUGGAAUGUGCAGGCAGUCUUUCACAGGGCAUGUGUCUGAUAUUAACGCAGUUUGUUUCUUCCCCAAUGGACAUGCAUUUGCGACUGGUUCUGAUGACGCCACUUGUCGACUCUUUGACCUGCGUGCAGAUCAGGAGUUAAUGAUGUACUCCCAUGACAAUAUCAUCUGUGGAAUCACUUCUGUAGCCUUCUCAAAAAGUGGUCGUCUCUUGCUAGCCGGCUAUGAUGACUUCAACUGCAAUGUGUGGGAUACUCUGAAGGGGGAAAGAGCAGGUGUCCUUGCAGGCCAUGACAACCGUGUCAGCUGUUUAGGUGUUACUGAUGAUGGCAUGGCUGUAGCUACAGGGUCUUGGGACAGUUUUCUCAGAAUCUGGAAUUAACUGGGAGACAAACAUGUACAUUCUCCAUUGAGAUCUGGAGAGAUCAAUGCUGCAGCCUAUAGCUGUGAAAUAACAUUUCUACCUUGUAUUUGCAGGUGAAGUUUUUCUAUUCACUGAUUAUUACACAAAAAGGCUUUCUGUAAACUAGAAAAAAAUCAAGUGAAGAAAUAGGGGUGGGGGUGGAGAAAUCACUGACUUUUAAAAAGGGGCCAGGCCAGCACACAUAAUCAUGGUGACUGAGAAACUAAGAGCCAGUCUUUUUUGUUUUUGGUGGUUUGGUUAGAUUGUCCUCGAGGGAUUUCUGCUUGUGCUCAAAGUCUGCUAAUUCUGUACUUUUUUUGUACAUAACAGAAUAUACACAUUAUAGCAGCCAAUCAUGUAACAUUUGUCUGUAUGUAAAGAAAUAUGUUUGCAUUUUUUAAGGAACUACAUUUAUAGCUUUGCAUUUAACCUGAGAUGUCACUUCUGAGUUCUGUAGUGGAUGAACUAGAUUGCUGUUUUAAACGCUUUUGUGAAUUUACUGUAGAUAAAGUGAAGCCAAUGGUAUGUAUGUGUUUUUAUAAUGGAAGGCAUUUGAAUUACUUACCUUUUUUUUUUUUUUUUUUUUUUAAAAAGGCCCUGAUGACCGUGGUAAUACCUAGCGCCUUACUUAUUCACUUCUAGACCUAUUUGUCUAUUUAAGCAUGGGGAUUACUCCUUCCAGCCAGUGGUUCCUGGUUCAUCCAUCAGCAGCCAUGGCCUCCAAGCACCAAGAGAAUGUUAAUGCCAUUAGGUACAUAUAUAUGUAAUAUAAAAAAAUAAGGUUUUAACACGCUGGCAUCAGAAGAACAGAGUACAUAAGUCAAGUAACACAUUACUGUCACUAAGUGGGUGAGUGCUUUUUCCUUUUGACAGUGGAGUUGUAAAUGAGAGGAUUCUGAUCCACUGCAAACUCCAGCUGCCAUGCGCUAGCAAGGUGAUAUUCUAGCAUGGAGUUGACUGAAUAAAUUGUGUACACUUUUACCAUUUCUUCAAAGUUGCUGUUCAACUACUACAGCAAAUGAAGAGAUUUAAGAGGGUUUCUCUAUGAAGGCUUCCUACGGAUGGCUUAGGAAGUACAGUGAAUCCCUUACUAGAACUGCAAAGUUAGAGGUUCACCCUAACAUUUCACAAAAGAACAUGCUUGUCUUGUGUAAUGGUUGAAGUGACCAUGUUACCUACAAUGAACAAUAACCUUUUUGAUAAUAUCUAUGAUCCCUCUAAAAACGUUGCACUCUAAAUUUAAAAUCCUGCUAGUUCAUUUACAACCGCAGUGGUCUAUGCUUUGGCAUCUAAUAAGAUGCCAAUCUGCAAACUGACAGUAAAUAGUCAUUUCCUUUUAUAUGCCUGAUCUUAAUAUGAUUCACUUAUAAAAUGGAAGGCACUGAGAGCACUUGAGCUAGUAAGCAUUUUCUUAUUGUGUAGGUAUAUGACCAAUCAUGUGACUCAAACCCAUUUGAAACUACCCAUGAAGAUCACUUAACUCUGGUGCUGGCAGCGUGUCCAUGUUUGUGAUGGAUGUCCCUGGGGGAAUCUGAGUUGGGCAUGAAAGUACCUGAUACUUUCAGGAAAGGGCCAUUCUCUGUUGGCUUCUCGAAAGUGAUUUAUUUUAAAUGUGUGUAUUUAAACAAAUUACCCUAAAGCUGAAAGUUAAUGUUAAUCUGCUGCCCCCACCUGAAGGUGCGAUGUAUCCAAAUGUCCUUGGGUCAGUUUGUGAACAUAAGUGCCCAGCAUUCUGUAAUAUGAAAAGAGAUUGUUGCUGAGACCACUGUUUGUGAAGUUUCUACCACUUGUAAUUCUAAUUUCAGUACUUCCGGACUGUGCCUGUAAAUAUGCCAUGUUUACAACGGUGGAGGUGCCAAUAAAUGUGCCAACUGUAGUAAAUUAAGUAUCCGUUAAAAAGCACAUCCCGUGCUGGAGCAGUAUACACUUACUAAAGGCAGAUUAUGGUGUAGGACCAAAAUCAUGUUAUGCUGUAGAUCACAGAAACUCAUUUGCAUUUUCUUUUCAGCAAGAUUAUUUUGUUUUCUGAUCUGUUUGCAUUAACAGAAUUAUUUAUGGAAUAUUUGUAUCUUUUUCCAAGAGGGCAGCUCUUUGAGGUCAGGCAGAACACUUGAUAUUUUUUAAUGGUGCCUUUGAUUUUUAAACUUGUAGCUGCUUCUGGUUUGAGUGAAUCAUUCUGAAAAUUUGCUAGUAAACUCUUAGAGGAAAAAUUUAAAUUACUAAAUAGUUUCUCAUUAAAGGUGCAUCUUGAAGUGACCUCCUAGUUGCCAGUGUUGUAAAGUGACUUCCCAUACUUGCCAUUAAAUAUCAUAAACUAUUUCCCUUUAUACUGCAGUAUAGAUGUUUGCUGUCUAACUUGUAAGUAAAUCAGGUUUCUAAAAGGGUAACGGGAUGUCAACACCCGAGGAAAUAUUUAACUCCUGGGGCGAAUGUACACCAAAAUAGUGGCUACUGUUGGAGUCCUGGUAUAAGUCUGUUUGGAUUGUUUGCCUUUUUUAAAGCAUGUAUAGUAGUAGGACAUUUAUUACAUCUUAAACUGAGGUCCUAUAAUGGGCCUAUAUGAGCAAUUUCAGUUUUUUUUAAGCAUUGCUUAUGGGUGAAUUUUCAAGAUGGUACACUCAUUAAGAUAGAGGUUAAUUGCAGCUUAAUUUUAAACCAAGCACCAAAUCCCAUCUUCUGCUAUAAGCCACCAUUUGCAGGUUUUACUUGAAAGCUUUCAUCCAGACUCCUGCAUCUCAGAGAAAAGGUCUCCAUGGGUAUUUUUAGACUAAAAGAUCUAUACCUGUAGCUUAAUAUAAGCUCAGAUAUGCAGGUGAACUAGUUUAAUACAGGUAGUGGAUUUUACAGCACAAUGGGGUACACAUUAAACUAUUGUGAAAAGUUUACGACUGCCAAACUGUAGAGCGAUCUUAAUUUCAAAUAUGUUAUGUGGUUACAAAAAUAUUUACGAGAUUUUGGAAUUAGUAAUACUUAGUACUAAAACCAGUUAUGACUAUUGUGCCAAAAAGUUGUAAUUGAUAGGAAAGUAACCUCUUUCCAGGCUUUGUUCUAAUAUUAAAUCAGUGUUUAAAUGUACUUUAAAAGAAAUGGCCUAGCAAAAAUGUAAUGGGUUGAAGCUGUCACUUGGAAACUGGAACUAUGUGCCUCAGAUGAAAUUACAGAUUAAUUCAGGUACAGCUGCUGUCGUCCACUUUUUUUUUAUAAGGCUGAUUAGCUUUAUGGUGAAGGAUACUGAUCAAGCAAACUUCCAGUUUGAACUUGCUCCCAGGUAUACUCAGCCUUUAUCACUUUAUUAGUAAAAAUACUGGGUGAGAUUCUAGAAACCACAAAAAGCUUUGAUAUGGCAUUGUGCUAAUGUACAUUCAUAGAUUCAUAGAUUCAUAGAUGCUAGGACUGGAAGGGACCUCGAGAUCACUUAGUAUGGGUAAUGUGUGUAUCUCCUUUCAACCCUCUGUAGACUCUUUUCCUCCUAAAUGUCAUUACCAUCUGCCUUGCUGAAUGUCACAUAAGUUUCUAACAGAACUGCUGGUCCAGUAGUCCUUUUGGAGUAGAAAAACUCAUUCGAACUGCUUUCUUCUGAGGAGAGAGGUUGACCCUGAUUUGGCAGUGCUGAAUUGACAUACCAGCUAGUCCUUAUGUGCAUACUAUAAUGCAUGGAUUGGAAAUAGAUAACUCUUUAAUUCAGUUAAUGUAACCACUUGUCCCAUCAUGAAGUUCACAUUACUUUAGGGUGAAAUGAUGAUAUUGUGAAAAACAUUCCAAGAGUGCUUAGUCUUUCCUCGUUGAGGACACUGUCACCUCCACUAGAUUUAGUGCUGUGCUUUAAAAUGUUGGUGAGAAUAGGUAUUGGCUAAUUCAAAUAGUUGGUAUGAAAUGGUUGUGUAGCAGAAUGACAGAUUUUGAGAUAGCAUUUCCUGUAAAAGUAAUUAAGCAUGGGUUGAUGGUGCACUUUGUAUACAGUAAUCUGGCAUGCAUGCUGGUAAAACUACUUCCUACACUUCAGAGGCACCACAAGCCUUUUUAUCCAAUUGCUGGUUGUGUAAAAUACAUGCAGAAUGUUAAUGCAGUGUUGUUAUGGUAAAUGUGUGAACAGUGUUAAUAAUUGAUUAUAACUGAUAACAGAUUAAAUGUGCCUGACAUUCUUAUACCACACAGUAUGUUUAGGUUUUGACUAAUAUGGACUUCAGUGGAAUAGUCUUAGAUAUUUCAAGCCUUUGUUUUACUUACACAAUGGUGCUCUAUUUGUUUCUCCUUUUUAAAAAAAAAGCAUCUGAACACUUGUACUACAUAUUACAUCCAAAGGAGUCCAAAACUAAUUUCUUUUAAACAUGCUUGACUCUUAAUUUGGCACUUAACUCUGAUUGCCCAGCAUUUCUCAUCUAAUGGUUUUAAUUUUACUUUCACUUGUUGCUGACUACUUUGAUGGAAAACUUCAGUAAUGUUACCAAUUAUGAAGUGAUUCUGCACUGCCUUUGGAUUGUGUAUGUAUUCAGAAACAGUCUUAAAGCUUUUAUUUAAGCUAAUUCAAAACAAGGACUUGUGCCACUUGUUCUAUAACAGGGCUGUUGUAUAGACUUCCCUGUUGAAAAAAAAUCACUUGCUAUGAACUCUGUUUAUAGCUUCUCCCCCUCCCCCCCAAUGGAUCUUUUCUUUGUAUUUGUACAGUGGCUCAGUGAAAGAUGUUGCCAUGAAUUGAUAUUGUAACCAAUAAACAAGUGCUUUUAACCAGA